AUGAAGUACUUGGCCGCUUAUUUGCUUUUGAACGCCGCGGGCAACUCCGCCCCAUCUGCUGACAACGUUAAGGCUGUCUUGGAGUCUGUCGGCAUCGAGAUCGAGGAGGAGAAGGUCUCCUCUUUGCUUUCCGCUGUGGAGGGCAAGUCCGUCGAGGAAUUGAUCGCUGAAGGUAACGAGAAAUUGGCUGCCGUCCCAGCUUCUUCUGGUGCUGCGGCUUCUUCCGGUGCUGCUACCGGUGGUGCCGCUGAGGAGGCCGCCGAGGAGGCUGCCCCAGAGGCCGAGGAGGAAUCCGACGACGACAUGGGUUUCGGUUUGUUCGACUAA